CCAGCUCCCUCUCCUCCAUCUAAUGUGGGAGUGUCUCAGAAUGGACUGAACAGUCCAGAUCUACUAGUGACCUGGACACCAUCAGAAGGACUCUAUGUCACUGGCUACACUGUCAUCUACCAGGAAAUAGAUGGAGGACUUAGCGGAUCAGUGACAACUGCAGAGACAGAUACCAGCGUCGUUAUCACGGGACUAAUUGCAGGGGCAACUUUCUCCAUUAGUGUAUCAGCUGACUCCAGUACAAUAUCAAGUAUUGUCACCCGUGGGCCAAAUGUCACCAUACAACACAAAGUUGCCUAUACUGUGGAAACCUUUGAGGUAAUUUCAGUAUCAGAGACCUCUCUCACAUUCUCCUGGAGCCAGCCCAGCACUGGGGCCCACCUCACCACUGGCUACAACCUGACAUGUGUCACUCUCCUGACUGGGAUCCCAUUCCCCCAGUCUCUCUCCCUGUUGACACCAACCCUCACCUCAGCCACACUGUCUGGACUUUCCUCUGCAACUGCAGCAUCUCCACCAUAUCUGACAGAGGAUCCUCUCUCCCUGCCUCCCUCUACAUCCCUACCAAUGAAUCUGCUCCAUCCGGAUCUCCGGAGAUGUUAAGUGCAGUGCCAGGAGAGAGAGAGAGGUUGUGUUCUCCUGGUCUCCUCCACCUGUAACCCAGCGUAAUGGAGUCAUCACCAGCUACACCCUGCUCCCCCUCCCCCUCCUCUCUCCCUCAAUCCCCCACCUCACAGUCUGGCCCUCA